GAAAAUUCAGGUCGUCCCUCCCCGUCAAAGUCCCCAAAAGCUCAUCAGGUCGCUGCAACCGGAUACUCUGUGUCACUUCCUUGCCAAAAAGCUCAACUCAAGCGAAGACCUGAGAUUCCUGUCGUUUUCAAGCCUAUAUCAGAUUAACAGCCGUUCCCUUCCCGAGGCCUUUGUUACCAUUUCAGGUCAAUUAUACGCUACGUGGAAUGCCAUAUGCGUGUCGGGUGCCCAUAUCCACGCCUUGCGAUUUCUCACAGGGCUGGCAUGCCCGUGCUUUAUAGGUGGCAAAGCUAGUUGUUGAUGAACAUCGCUCUGUCUGGUGACCCAGCUACAUUCACUUCUUGACACAUUUCUGAUUGCAAUCACAAGCCAGUCUCUAUGGGAAAAAAUGAUUUCUUGACCCCGAAAGCUAUUGCUAACAGAAUUAAAGCAAAAGGUCUGCAGAAGCUGCGAUGGUAUUGCCAGAUGUGUGAGAAGCAAUGCCGAGACGAGAAUGGCUUCAAGUGCCACUGUAUGAGUGAGUCUCAUCAGCGCCAGAUGGAGGUGUUUGGGCAGAACCCUAACCGGAUCGUCAGUGGCUACUCAGAAGAGUUUGAGAGCUCGUUCCUUGAACACAUGAAGAGGAGCCACCGGUUUAGCCGUGUAGCUGCCACAGUUGUGUACAAUGAGUACAUUGCUGACCGACAUCAUAUUCACAUGAAUUCCACUGAGUGGGCAACUUUGACUGAGUUUGUUAAGUACUUAGGCAGGACUGGGAAAUGUAAAGUUGAGGAGACUCCAAAGGGGUGGUUUAUUACUUAUAUAGAUAGAGAUUCUGAGACCCUUUUAAAGGAGAAAUUAAAAAACAAACGAAUGAAAGCUGAUAUAGCAGAUGAAGAGAAGCAAGAGAGAGCAAUUAAAAGACAGAGAGAGCGGGCAGAAGAGCUGAUGGGGGGUGUCAUCAUAACAGAUGAGAAUAAUGUUUCUUCUGAGCGUAAGUUACUUGACAAAAAGAUGGAGGGUUGCGACCAGAAAGUCAAGCUGUCUUUGGGCUCAUCAUUGAAACCCCCCAAUGAUAAAGGUAUACCUGAAAGCUGCUCAAGAUCUGUUUUUGAUGUGAUGGAUUAUCAUCAGGACAAGACUGAAAAAGGUAGGGAAGCAAAGUUGGUUGGAGGAAAGGGUGGGGGUGGGGUGUUGCAUGAGCUGAUGAGAGAGGAAGAACAAGCAAAAGAACGACAAAACAGGAAGGAUUAUUGGUUAUGUGAGGGAAUUGUGGUGAAGAUUAUGAGCAAGGGAUUAUUAGCUAAUGAGGGAUACUAUAAGAAAAAGGGUGUUGUUAAAAAGGUUAUUGAUAAGUAUGUUGGGGAAAUUGAAAUCCUUGAUAAUAAGCACAUUCUGAGAGUUGAUCAGGAAGAGCUUGAAACUGUGAUCCCCCAAGUAGGUGGUCUUGUGAGGAUAGUUAACGGGGCUUACCGGGGGUCAAAUGCAAGGUUGUUAGACAUCGAUACCGAUCAUUUCUCUGCCAAGCUGAAAAUAGAAAAGGGGAUAUAUGAUGGGAAGGUUCUCAAGGCUAUUGACUACGAAGAUAUUUGCAAAUUGGUGUGUAAUAAUCAUUGAGUACUCGCUGCUUCCAGCAGUUAUGUGCAUCUUCUUAGCGGCAAGUGUCUUUCAGGGCGAGAACAAAAGUUGUAUAUGGUAUUUAUCCUCAUUUUUAUACUUUCUUAACCAUUCUAUCCCUGCAAAAACUUUUCUAAGCUAAAAGUUCUCACUUAAAUCGUCUCUCAUCAUUUUCAUAAUUUGUAAAAUCUUUUCUUGAAAAGUUCUUACUUGUAUCAGUGAUCCUGAAAUGCGGCAUUUCUUUUCCAGUGCGAUUUAAUGCCCUGUUGUAGCGUUGUCUUUUUUUGUUGCUUUUCUGGUAGAUUUUUUGGCCAACACUGGUAUUUUGAUUUUA